AUGAAAUCAUCGAGGUUUGUUUCCUACCUGAUCUUUGUAUUCUGUGCAUGUAUUGUAGCGGAAUCGCGGUCAAUUGCGCCCAGAAACGCAAGUAGUGCUAGGAUCACAUCCAUUUUCGCAUUUGGUGAUUCAUACACCGAUAAUGGCUCAUUCAAUGAUUUCUACAUGAGCAAUACGGAUGAGAUCAAUCGAGCAAGCUUAAGAACAGCUACUGCACCCAGGAUUAAAAGAGAGGCGGAUGGCCCAUUAUGGGUUGAGUACCUUGCAGGGUUAAUGGACGACGCUUAUCUGUACGAUUUUGCGAGAUCAGGUGCAACUGCAAAUAAUAAAUUGAUUUUGAGAAACACAGAGGAUAUGGACACUCAAGUGAACAGAUACUUGAGAUCUGGUGCAGCAAGGGAACCCAAAGAAAACUCGCUCUUUACCAUAUGGAUAGGUGUUAAUGACAUGACAGACUUGUUCAGCAAGCAUCCUUUAGACACGCCUCAAAGACAACGCAUCAUCAAUGGUAUCAUGACUACUAUCCGUUACGAUAUGGAGAAACUAUACAACGUAGGAGCAAAGAAUAUGCUACUUCUUGGACUGAUUCCAUUAGAGAAUCUGCCUGUGUAUUGUCAAUUGACGCCUGAGACAAGACAUCAGCUGCAAACGCUAGUAUCAGAAUACAACACGAGACUCGCUGAAACUCUGCGCCAUUUUAAGGCUGAUAAGCCAGAUGUGAAUGCAUCAUUCUUUGAUAUGAAUAUGCUAUUCAAGCAGCUUUUUGAUAAUGAACAAUUUGAAAGCAAUGCCUUAUCGCAUUGCAACAAGAAGGCAGAUUGUGGAGACCGUAUAUGGUGGGAUCAUUUGCAUCCUUCCACUAAAACGCAUGCAAAGUUGGCAGAGGCACUAUACCUUUAUAUUAGUUUACUUGAAUGGUAA